AGUGGCGGAAGAAGAAAACGAUGAUGCUCUUUUAUUUCCUCCUGGUUCUCAGAGCGGGGCGAUGCACAGAUGAUCUGAUCUUCGAGACAAAGACUGUUGGACAAAGUGUGACUCUGACUUGUGCUCGCAAUGACUCUCUGAACAGGGGAACCUUGUUCUGGAUGAGGCUUGUUUCUGGAAACGUACCUGAGUUCUUUAAAGGAACCUUUGCUUUUGACUAUGAUGGUGACAAUACGAAUCGUCACAUCACUACAAAACAAGAGCCGGGAACAUUUCUGCUGCAUAUUCAUCAAGCGACGCAGAGCGACACUGGAGUUUACUGUUGUUUAGAAAUAAACACACUCUAUGUGAAACUUAAGAAAUGGACAUUUCUGAGAAUUAAAGGACCAGAAGCCGAUGUCUCUGUAAUCACUAACAGCGUUCCAUCCCAUCCGGUCCGUCCAGGAGACUCAGUGACUCUGCAGUGUUCCGUCCUCUCCGUCUCUGAGGAGACGGCAUGUCCAGAAGGACAGAAGGUGUUCUGGUUGAAAGCCGGCUCGGAUCGAUCUCCUCCACAUGUGAUUUAUGUGCAUGGAAACAGGGACGGAUGUGAGCAGAGUCCUGAGGGUCUCCCUCCACACAGAUGUGUCUACAGCUUCUCUAAGAACAUCAGCUCCUCUGACGCCGGCACGUAUUACUGCGCCGCGGCCACAUGUGGACAGAUGCUGUUUGGAAACGGCACCAAGGUGGAAACUGAAGCCCCCCUCAUGUGGGAUUUGGUUCUCAUCGUCCUGUCAGCAGCUCUGGCCUUUUCUCUGGUUGUUAUCGUCUUCCUGAUAUUUUUUAUCAAGAGGAAAACUUGGGAAUGUUGCAACGAUGCAGUUACUCUUCAAACAGCUGGCUUUGACCCCCGAGGUCAGCAGAGAGAUGAAGACCUUCUGACUUAUUCUGCACCAACCUUCAUCGCCAGGAAAACCGUCCGAGCAGAGAGAGAGAAAACUGCCACAGCAGCAGGGGGGGGGGGGCCGUCUACACUGGAGUCAGGACGUCAGGUGAAGGUCAACUCCCAGGUUGGUAACUGUGGAGGACAGGGGUAUGACCUGACUGUCAAAGGUGAGAUGGGUAAUGGAGGAUGA